AUGCAUCAACAAGAACAUAAACUUGAUAAUAUGAACCAAGCUACACUCUAUCACCAGUUUCGUAGAAAGCUCAUUCAAAUAGUUAUUUCCUUCUCUGUGUUCUCUUUCUUAUAUUUGCACCCAUCUUUCCAUCCUUUCUUUGAUUCUGUUAUCUCUCACUUAUCUACAUUUUCAUCCCAGCUUGUUUCCUUUGCAACUGACAAAAACUAUAUAUUCCUUCUAUGCAAUGGGAUCCUGGUUUUCAUUGCAAAGAGCUCGAGUCAUGCGGUUGAUACUUGUCCACCACUCCAACCACAGACAAGUCCUGAUAACGACUCAAUUUUGAAGGGAUACAGGCAGAGUAUGCAAUUGGGGAUAGAGAACUCAGUUGCCACCAAUGAAGAUAAGAAUGAAGAUGGAUCAGAAACAGAUGAAAUUAUGGAAGAGGAAGAUGUAGAGGAAAAACAUGUCGUGUACCAGAUCACAUAUGGGACACUGACGGAAAAAGAAGAAGAUGGGAUUAUUGACGAUGAUGGCAGCAAGUACACAAACGAAAAUUUUGAUGGUUGGUCUUAUGAGGAGCAGGAGGAGGAGGAGGACAACUUUGAAGAAAAAGAGUACACAGAGGAGAAUUCUGACAGUUGGUCUUAUGAUGAGCACGAGGAAGACAAUGUUCAAGAAGAAGAAGAAGAAGCAAUUGCCAAGAUGAGUACAGAGGAAUUAAACAGAAAAUUUGAUGAUUUCAUUAGAAAAAUGAAGGACGAGCUCAGAAUCGAAGCUCGACAACAACUUAUAGUGGUCUGA